AUGGGCUCCACUACCAACAUAGUCCCAAGAGCUUGCCGGAACUGCCGGAUCCGCAAGAUACGCUGCAGUCGAGAGAUCCCUUGUACCAAUUGCAUCACAUCAAAGAUCACCUGCCAAGAAAGUACCAAAGAUGUUACUCGCCGUUCGACACACGCAAGAUCGGUGCCGGAAAGAGACCAAGACAGCAUUGAAUCACUGCGCAAAAGAGUGACUGCUCUCGAGCAACAGCUCAACAGUUUAUCAUCAGAUCGUAACACUCAGGUCUCUGAAGCCGCCACCACAUCAACUGUACUCUCACCGACAUUGGCCCAGUUAACACCACAACCCAGCCCGUGCCAUAUAGACCUAGCAUCGCUUGAGGGAGACUCUUCAUUUAGAAAGCAAGCUCUUCUUGCAACUGAUAUCACCGAGUUUGGGUCACUGGCUGGUAUUGGGUCACCCCAGGUCGUUGACAAAAUCUCUGGUCUACGCAAGCUCCUCGAACGCAAGGCGUCCGACGGAGAUACACCUCAGUGCCGAGAAUGGAAGCCAUCUACAAGCAUAACAUUGCAGGGAAACUUGCCUCCAGCUGAUUUCGUCAUUCGCUUGUUGCGCGCAGUGCAAGUACAAGCUGUCACAGUUGGAGAACUAACCCUGUUGAACGCUAUGCUCGCCGUGAUUUUAUGCACCCUUGAGUGUUUCCCGCGGCCAGAAUUUUCUGAAGAAGAAGUUGCAAAAUACCUGGUUGUUUGCAAGGAGAACCAGCUCACGGGAAUAGAAACAUAUGAGGUUAACAUGGUCUCGACCUUUGAGCAUUGUCUAGUGCUGUGCAUGGCGGCCCAAAAGGCCCAAACUGAAGGGGACAUUGCACUUCAGUGGCGCUUGUCCUCGACUGCUGCACGGCAUUGCCUCGUCCUUGGCUACCACAGGGAGCAUGUAGUAGCAGCAAUGCCUCCAGAUGAAGCAGACAGAGUUCGUCGGCUCUUCUGGAGCAUCUAUUUCUCAGACAAGAGUACUGUUCUCAGUCUAGGGAGAACUUCAACUAUCCAAGACCUGGAUGUCGAUCUCGACCCAUAUGCUAUCUCUUCUGACCCUGGACGAGAGUCAUGGGACACUUCAUUGUGGAUGUUUAUCGAUUACGCGAGGAUCCAGGCAAGCAUAUACGAGAACCUCUACUCCCCAGCCUCGCGCAGACGCAGCACCGCAGACAGACAAAUCAUCGUGGAUGAAACAACUAAGCAGCUCUCUAAUUGGCAUGAGUCAUGGAAUCAACUGGACACUUCGAAAGCAUACAACAAGAAGCUCUUUGACAACACGUUUGGGCCAGUCGAUGUUUCUUACUACUCUACUCUGACGCUUGUCCACCAUGCUCCCGACCUCUCGACCUCGGUCAGAAUUAUAUCUGAUCCUUGCCUUGAAGCAGCCAAAAGCGGCCUGCAGUCACACGUGUCGGUGCAUGCCCAAUAUUCCCUAUUGGAGCCCCAAUCGUUGGCAUUCUUUGCGGUGUGGGUUCAUGUUUACUGUCCCCUUACUCCUUUCGUCGUAAUAUUCCUGCACUGCAUCACAAAUUCCGACACCGGCGACCUUGACUUGCUCAAGGGAUCACUAGACGUCAUGGCCCAGACGAGCAGUCUAGCCAGGUCGUGUGAAAGACCAUAUGAGUUUUGCAAAUACCUCUACAGCAUAGCAGAGGCACAUAUCUCAGCUUGUACAGAGAAUGGAGGCGAAGCCGAUGAGAAGGUGGACUUGGGUUUGGCUUCCCUACAACACCCUCCGAGUGAGAACUGGCCUUUCCCAGAUCUGAAUCUUCAGCUCAUCUCGUCGGCUUUCCCAUCGAGUGAUUGGUGGGCGCCUCAUACGAGCUGA